AUCAAACGCCGACGUUCUUGUUUACGACUUCGACCACAUGGGCGACAUGAACACUACUCUUCAGACCAACGAAAAAGGAGCACUCUUGCCAAAGCGUCCGGCCGUUCGCGUCGGCCCUUCGUCGCCACAGCACAAGGCGCUGCAAGUGUUCGGCGUCGCGAUCGAGGGCGAGCAACUCGGUGGGCUGGCUCGCGAGCUCGCAGGAAUAGAAGACGGGAACAAUGUGUAUGUUUACGUGAACCGUCUCGGGUUCUGCAUCAUCACAAGAAUCAACCAUAUCCAUCCGUCAAGGCCAUGCGGAUCAACGAUUGCUUUGGCUGGUCCAAGUAUGGCGUGAGGGUGCCUCAAGAGAUGAUUUGCAAGUCCACCGCCACCUUGUGGAACAGGGUCGACAUGUUCACCGGAGAAACCAUGAUGGACGUGGGAGGAAUGGCGAGAGCGGCGGAGGAAGCCAAGGAGCUGCGGCGGAGCCUGGAGGAGGAGAGGUUGGAGCUGGCUGUGUGCAAGAUGGAGCUGGGGUGGAUGAAGAAGAACGAGUCGCUUUGGAGCAAGCUGGUGGAAGACAAGGAGAAUCAACUUCAAGCUUUCAAGGCUGCCUUACGCGAGGCCCUUGGUUGAUCUUCGUAAAGG